GUCACCUAAAACACCAGCUUUUUAUCUCAAUAUAGUUAGGAACGAUUUAUGCCUGAUUUUUGGCUAUAACAGAGCCUCAUUUCCUCCCUCUUUUUCUCUGCGACUGUCCUGCGAUGCCUCGAGACCGCCACAGGUUCCAUCGAUAAGUCCUGAGAACGCAGAUAAUCAAUCCACCACGGAAGUCUAUCCGUUGGCUGUGCGCUUUUGAUUAAUAAUAUGGAUACCGAAGCAUCUGCGGAGGGAGUUGCUUCGAGUAGUAGUGGCUCUCACAGUUGGUCUCGCCGAGGCAGACGACACCAUGCGGGAAAAAGAGAGUCUGGGCUGGGUGGACAGGCGACCUGGCUAAGCAGCGUUAUCAACCUGCUCAAUACCAUUGUUGGUGCUGGUGCUCUUGCAAUGCCCAGCGCCCUCGCACGGAUGGGAAUCACCCUCGGAGUCCUUAUUAUCCUAUGGUCGGGAAUCGCAGCCGGUUUUGGUCUGUAUCUACAGUCGCUAUGUGCCCAAUAUUUGGAUAAAGGAGCCGCAUCCUUCUUCGCCCUAUCGCAGAUCACAUAUCCGAAUGCUGCCGUUAUAUUCGAUGCAGCAAUCGCCAUAAAAUGCUUCGGCGUCGGCGUAAGCUACCUGAUUAUCAUAGGAGAUCUUAUGCCUGGGGUAGUCCAAGGUUUCGGUGCGGACGCUACUGGGAUGGACUUUUUACUUGAUCGUCAUUUCUGGGUUACGGCGUUUAUGUUGGUUGUAAUUCCGCUUUCGUUCUUGAGACGGCUGGAUUCGUUGAAAUACACGAGCAUCAUAGCUUUAACCUCUAUUGGCUACCUGCUCGUCUUAGUCGUGGCUCACUUUAUCGAAGGAGACACAAUGGCGGAACGUGGCCCGGUUAACUAUUUUAAAUGGCAAAGCGCAGUGUCUGCCCUGAGUGCGUUUCCGGUUAUGGUGUUCGCAUACACCUGUCAUCAAAAUAUGUUCUCAAUUCUCAAUGAAAUUUCCAACAGCACACACUUCAGAACAACCACCGUUAUUGCCUCCAGCAUUGGUAGCGCUGCCUUUACAUAUAUCCUUGUCGCAAUCACAGGCUAUCUUUCCUUUGGAAACAAUAUUGGGGGGAAUAUUGUUGGCAUGUAUGCGCCGUCAUUAUCAGCAACAGUAGCCCGUGCUGCAAUCGUCGUCCUCGUAAUGUUUUCAUACCCGCUUCAGGUUCAUCCUUGCAGAGCAUCGCUAGACGCCGUUCUUAAAUGGCGCUGGAGUCCCAAAUCCUCAUCCAACACUGCCAACUCCUCACCUAACCGCAACCCGCUUCUUCCGCGACCAAAUCGACUUCAGGAUUCCAUGGGAGAUGCUCGGUUUGCAAUAAUCACCACUAUCAUUAUAAUACUAAGCUACAUGGUUGCCAUGACUGUGUCAUCCCUUGAAGCCGUGCUGGCCUACGUAGGGAGCACCGGCAGCACCAGCAUUAGUUUCAUCCUUCCUGGCCUUUUCUAUUAUAAAAUCUCCUCUCCAGAGUCUGCCAUACAUCAACAAUUGAUGAAGGAAAAUGACGAAGCGGCCGCUGACGAUAUGUCAGAUGUUGGCGCAGAGAGCGAGGGACUUCUGAGCGCCAGUGGCCUCCUCUCAGCUAGUGGAAUCCUUAAACGAAACACACGACAGUGGCGAAAGGCUCUGCUACGCAAGCUGAGCCUGGGCCUCGCAAUAUACGGUGUUAUCGUCAUGGUUGUUUGUCUGGUUACCAAUACGUUCUUCCUUGCAUCACACCAAUAA